CCCCACUUGCACGGAUCAAUACGGAGCGAGCACCCUUCUUCAUUCAGUCGGCGGCACUGUUGGCCAUACGCAUUGUCCUCUCGCAAUUUCCAACAGACGCUAUUUCACCGCUCAAGGUCACCUGAAGGAGGUGUGACGUCAUGCGACUAGAGCAGGCGCCGCCCCGGGUCCUGCAGUCUUUCAACGGCGGCUCCACAGAUCAGGGCCACCACAUCGACACUCUCGACAUAGUCGACAACAACAACGUGUCCCGCCAGGACAAGCUCCGAACCACGGGCUCGGCCACAAGCAACACGGUAGCGGCCAACAAGAAUGUGCUGUGGGACCUCCAACCUCCUCACUCGCCCGACGAGGAGGACGAAUUUGAAGAGGAUGGGCGAGGGAGUCGCGACGGAAACAGCGUCGGAAUGAGCGAGAAUUCUGAGGAGGAGGGUCGGAGCUCCUCUUGUUCGGAGGCAUCCGAGUUGGCUCAUCUGGCCAGCUCGAGCGAAGACGAACACUUUGCAGACCAGAUUCCAAACAGAGCAACAGACAUCGCAGAAGCGAUUGCGCCUCUGGAGCAGAAUGGCUUGGCAGAGGAAAUUGCGCCGCGCACCCCCGAGCCGCAGACGGCCGCUGGGGACGAGAACGAGGAUUCGGGCAAGGCCUCGGUCAAUAACAACAGCAUGACCGACUUAAUGCUAGGAGCUUUUGACGUUUUCACAAUGGAAACCGCCCUACCCAAAAUCGAUUUGGCCCAGCUAGAGAGCCACUUGCUUGCAGCGGCCAAGAGGGAAGAUCACAGGCGCCGAAAUGACAGGGAGGAAAUUCGCAGGCGCCUGGCCAUGGGCGAGGAGGCGCAGGAGCGGCCAGGCGGCCGAAAGCCCAGUCUGCAGCGCCGACUCCAAAGUGGUAUGGACCUUCAGCUGUGUUUCAUGAAUGAAUCGGCCAAUGACCUGGAAGCCGACCAAGAAGUCGCCGCGGCCAACGCGUCGACCAGCAAGCCCGUGGCCGUGCCGGCCAUCAAGUUGAGCAAAAGCGCCACCCUGGACCCCCAAUUGAUGCAACGCGAGGCCCAAAUGGCACUAGCGCAGGCCUCCAAACUGGCCCGCAUGGAGAUGGCCCUGGAAAGGCAAAACAUGAGACUGUCCCUCACACCCAGCCCAACUUCGCAGCUCCUAAAGAAAUCUCUCAAGAAGGUCGGGGUCAACUUUCCUCCGGAAAGGCGAAGGGUCAGUCGCCAACUGCUGACGGACCUGAAUGUGACGCAGCUCCAGGUUUUGGUUAACGACCUUCAUACGCUCAUUGAAGGUUUGAAUGAGGAUUUGGUGCAGAUGUUGAUGGAAAGAGACGAUCUCCACAUGGAACAAGACUCUCGUCUUGUAGACAUUGAAGAUUUAAACAGAUAUCUAGGAGCGAAAACCAUGCCUGUUCCGCCUGGACUUCAGCGUUGAUGCUUAAAAUAAUCAAUUUUCGAGCCCUCCAUUUCUCAAAAUAAUUCCUGCGUGACUGAGUUAGAUCUGAUUCCUGCAUUACAAAGUAAAAUCAAACUUAAUAAUUUGCUAAGUUUAGGGCACCACUUACGCAGUACGAUGACAAGGUGAAUUUUAAAAGAAUAUUUAGGUUAAAAUAUUAAUAUAUUAAGCAAGAAUGUUAUUUAUAUUUCAAAAAAAGAGCAUUUAUAAUAAAUUAUAGGUUGGC